AUGGCUGCUUCAGCUGUGUCCGAGAAAGCUGGUGAUCUGCCCGACGAAAAUGACAGCAAAGAGACUCAGCAGGGAAACCAAGAACCGUCUGGUUCAAAUGGUUACUUUAGAGUGUUCAAGUAUGGAAGUCCCAUGGAGUAUCUUCUUGGGUUCCUUGCUGUCUUGGGCGCCGUCGCUUCAGGGGUUGCUCUAGCAAUGGUAAAUGUCGUCCUUGGGCGUUUCAUCUCGAUUCUGAACGAUGCGAACAUCUCUGGCUCGACAAGCGAUGAAUUUAUGCCGGCGGUUCAAACUACUGCUCUUUAUUUCGUCUAUAUUGGCAUUGUGCGAUUUGUGGGAACAUACAUGUAUUCUUCCUUGUUCACAUAUGUCUCCUACCGGCUGACUCGAAACAUCCGUUACGAAUAUCUGAAGGCUGCCUUCAGCCAGGAGACUGGCUACUUUGACAAAGGUGUCUCCGGAUCCAUCGCCGCGCAAGCGACAUCAAAUGGAAAGCUCAUUCAAUCCGGUACCUCUGAAAAGCUGGGGAUUGUCAUCCAGUCAAUAAGCACAUUCAUCGCAGCCUUCAUCAUCGCAUUCAUCAGCCAGUGGAAGUUGACUCUGAUUAUCAUCUGCAUCGUCCCCCUUACCGUCGCACUCUCUGUUGUUUUAUCCAUCCCGGACGCCAAAAUAGAGACGGAUAUUUUAAAAAUUUAUGCGAGUGCAGGAAGCUUGGCUGAGAGCGUCUUGGGUGGCAUCCGAACGGUCUACGCGUUUAACCUUCGACCGAGGAUCAUGUCCAAGUACGACGCGUACCUUCAGGAAGCAUAUGAAGUUGGGAUGAAGAAGAAUAUUCUGUAUGGUUUCAUGUUUGGGGGAGAGUAUUUUGUCAUAUACGCUGGCAUGGGCCUUGCGUUUUGGCAGGGCGUUGGCAUGAUCGCCAGGAACGAGGUUCCCAAUAUCGGGACUGUUUUCACGGUAUUGUUUUCUGUUACGAUUGCCUCCAGUACACUGUCCUCGAUAGCUCCCCACACGGUGAAUUUCACCCGUGCUGGCGCCGCCGCGGCCGAGUUAUUCGAAGUUAUCGAUCGGCAAUCAGAGAUCAAUCCCUUCGAUGAGUCGGGAGCGAAACCGGAUACCAUUAUUGGACAAAUUGAUCUUGAAGGAAUCAAAUUCGCAUAUUCAAGUCGUCCCGACGUCAAUGUCCUACACGACUUCACUCUCAGUGUUCCCGCCGGAAAGGUUACAGCUCUCGUGGGGCCAAGUGGUUCAGGAAAGAGUACUAUAAUCGGCCUGUUAGAGCGGUGGUAUAAUCCAACAGACGGCUCUCUAAAGCUGGACGGCGAAAAUAUCAUGAAUUUCAAUCUGAGAUGGCUCCGUACCAACAUCCGUCUCGUGCAACAGGAACCUGUUCUAUUCAAUGGCAGUGUUUUUGACAAUAUAGUCUACGGCUUGGCCGGGACUCGCUGGCAAGAUGCCACCCGCCAAGAGCAAAUGGAUCGAGCGCAACACGCAGCAAAACUGGCUUUUGCCCAUGAGUUUAUCGAAAACUUACCAGAAGGCUACGAUACUCGUAUUGGUGAGAGAGGCGGCCUUCUCUCAGGAGGCCAGAAACAGAGGAUCGCAAUCGCUCGCAGUAUCAUCUCCGAGCCGAAGAUCUUACUUCUUGAUGAAGCCACCAGUGCCCUGGAUCCCCACGCAGAAGGAAUUGUACAAAAAGCAUUGGACAGUGCGUCGAAGAAUCGUACCACCAUCGUCAUUGCCCACAAGCUAGCGACGAUUCGAAACGCCGACAAUAUCGUCGUACUGUCUCAAGGGAGAUUAAUGGAGCAAGGUUGUCAUGAGAAACUGGUGGAUUUGGGUGGACUUUAUGCCAAACUGGUCAAGGCACAAGAUCUAUCCCCGUUGGAGUCGACGAAAGUAGAAACGAUUGCUGGUGACCAGGAUUCUUCAUCGGGCGGAGACAUUGGCCCGAUGGCCAAAUCUGAAGCUCAAUUUGAUGUCACUGAAGAUGGGCAACUGGCAGUCACUAAUGAUCAGGGAACUAUAGAACAAUAUAAGAAGACGGGAUUGAUCAGAAGCGUUCUGAAGAUUGUGGCAACGACGCCCGAGUUGAACGUCUGGUAUAUACUACUGGUAUUAACUUGUGUCGCAGUUGCUGCCGUUUAUCCAGGACAAGCACUACUCCUAGGAAAAAUCAUGGACGUGUUCAAGGGAGACAAUAUGGUCUCCAAGGGCAAUUUUGUCUCUUUAAUGUUCUUCGUCAUUUCAAUUGGAAGUUUCGCAGCUUAUUUCAUCCUUGGCUGGGCGACCAAUAUCAUUUGCCAGAAUACUAAAAUAGAGAUCAAGGGCCUGAAUGCGAAGAUGAGAAAAGAUAUUCUUGACUCCAUUCUGCAGCAAGAUCUUCAGUUUUUCGACCGUCCGGAGAAUACAGUUGGCGCGAUCAUUAGUUACCUCGAUCUAUAUCCUCAGGCCAUUUUAGAGCUCAUGGGCUUAAAUGUUGCACUGAUAAUUAUAGCCGGCGUCAAUGUAUUGGCAUCUAGUGUUCUUGCAUUGGCAGUAUCGUGGAAACUUGGCCUUGUUGGUGUGUUUGCCGGAAUGCCGCCAAUGAUGGUGGCGGGAUAUGCUCGAGUCCAACUUGACGCCAAGAUCGAGUCGGAGACGGAGGAGAGAUUUGCUUCAAGCGCAUCUGUGGCAUCUGAGACAAUAACCGCAAUUCGUACGGUGUCUUCGCUGGCUAUUGAGGAUACAAUUCUGAAGAAGUAUACAAACGAGCUUGAUUUGGCGAUAGAGCAGAUGUCUCCGCCAAUGUUCCAUAUGAUGGUCUGGUUCGCCCUCACACAAGCUAUUGAGUACUUUAUUCUUGCUCUAGGAUUCUGGUGGGGUUCUCGCCUCAUACAUGACGGCGAGAUUGACUUCUACCAGUUCAUGGUCUCCUUUAUGGGCGUUUACUUCUCUGGACAGGCAGCAGGACAAAUGUUCAGUUUCGCCAGCAGUUUUUCUGGGGCCAAUCAGGCCGCAAACUACUAUUUUUGGCUCCGUCAAUUGAAGCCUGCCAUCUACCAGACUGAGGAAAACAAGGGCAAGGGUUCUCCAUCUGGUUGCGAGUCCUAUGAGUUCAGGGACGUUGGGUUUUCGUACCCGCUCGCUCCGAAUAACCAAGUUCUCAAAGGAGUGUCGUUGAGCGCUGAUCGGGGACAAUUUAUCGCCUUUGUGGGAGCAUCUGGGUGCGGUAAAAGCACAAUGAUAUCUCUCCUUGAGCGUUUCUAUGACCCCAGCAGUGGAACUAUCAAUCUCGAUGGGUCGGCGCCUCUCCCAUCCCUGGAUCCGUUAUUAUAUCGAAGUCAGGUCUCAUUGGUGCAGCAAGAACCAACGCUGUUUCCCGGAACUAUUCGUGAAAAUAUUUCACAAGGAGUCGAUACAGACAUCCCUGGUUCGGUUUCAGACCAGGACAUUGAACAGGCAUGUCGUGCCGCGAACGUGUGGGACUUUGUUUCCUCACUCCCGGAUGGUCUCAACACUCAAUGUGGCACAAGUGGCAGCCAGCUUUCUGGAGGGCAAAGACAGAGGAUUGCAAUCGCUAGGGCGCUGAUACGAAAGCCUAAGGUGAUUCUGCUUGACGAAGCCACCAGUGCGCUCGACACUGAGUCGGAGAGAGUCGUCCAGUCCGCGCUCAUGGAUGCUGCCACUGCUGGAGACCGGAUCACCAUUGCUGUCGCCCACAGGCUGUCUACUGUGAAAGACGCAGACCGAAUCUUUGUGUUUCAUGAUGGGAGAAUUGCUGAAUCAGGAACACAUAGACAGCUACUAGAAAAUGGGGGCCUGUACGCUAAGAUGUGUGAGGCACAGAGACUUGACCGUACUGUGUAA